CGAGUUCAUGGCUAACAUAAAAACGGCAAGCAAUCUACUUUGCUUUACCCUGUUUUACUUUCGCCGUUAUCACUUUUUAACCAUUUUCGGCUUCUCCGUCGCUUAAAUCGCCGGCAGUUUCCAGCGACAUUAAUCUCCGGCGAGACUAUUUACUCGGUGAGUUUCGCGUCUCCAUGGUUUUUUUUCCUUCCCUGAAUUGUUUCAUUAUAUAUAAACGGAGAUUGCUUUUCCCUGAGCGUCGUUUCAAUCAUAUCGUAUCACUAUAGAGAUUGGUUCGCCGCAUCGAAGGAAGGAUUUAUAUGGCGGAGAGUUGAAGUUUUCCAAAUUUUUUUUUUUCGAUUACUACGGAAGCUGGAGACGAAUGCAUAGCCUGUGUGUAUAUAUUUAGAGCCCUGCCUUCCCGCCCUGGCAAGAAGAAGAGAAUGUUGAAAAGACGUCAUGGCUCGAGUGUUGUUGUGGGACUGAAACGACAUCGGUCGAGUGUUGUGGGACUGUUGCUACCUCACGAUGCUGUAGAGCUGAUCCUCGAGAGACUGCCAGUGGAGUCUCUAUUGAAAUUCAAGUCUGUUUCCAAGAAUUGGAAAUCCACAAUCGAGUCCCGGUGUUUCAAGGAACGACAGUUGAUCCGUCGCAAGCAAUCACGAGGCCCUGAUGUUCUUUUAGUGCCCCUCACUUGGUCUUGUGAUGGCAUAUAUGCUGAAAGUAUUGCUUUGGGGUCAUCCAUUGUUUCUACCGUGAGGCUACCUACUUCUUCGGGCAGCAGGAUCUGCCAUGGUAGCUGUGACGGUCUACUAUGUCUCUACUGUGUUUACACUCCUAGUGUCGUCGUCAAUCCCGCCACUGGAUGGCAUCAAACUUUUCCUCUUUCCAACUUGCAACUGCUCUGCCUCGACAUGUACGAUAAACCCGAAGACCAUGACUUCUUCCCUAUGCCUAAUCUUGGAUUCGGCAGAGACAAAUUCACUGGCACUUAUAAGCCUGUUUGGUUGUAUAACUCAUCCGACUUUGGCCUCCCCAACGCUACCACUUGUGAAGUUUUCGAUUUUAGCACCAACACUUGGCGGUACGUUCACCCUUCUCCUCCUCAUCGGAUUGAUGAUUUUAUUAAUCCCGUGUAUUUAGAUGGGUCACUUCAUUGGCUCGCCGAGGGUGAAGAAGAAACCAAGGUAUUGUCUUUCGAUCUUCACUCCGAAACCUUUCAUGUCCUCUGUAAAGCUCCCUUUGCCCGUGAUCAUUUCCCUUUCAGCCACAACAUGUUCAUCCUCGAUAAUCGCUUGUGCGUCUCUGAGCAAGACUCGUCCACCCAAGUGAUAUGGUCGUUCCAUUCAUCUGGCGGCAACAAGAACAAGACAUGGAAUAAAUUAUGUUCUAUAGAUGUCACAAGAACUCGUUCUUGGUUCAUCGAUAUCAACUUCCCUCUCGCACCAAUUGCAAUUUUGGACAAGAAUAAGUUAUUGCUUCAAGGUCGCCAUUGCGUGGGAGACCUGGUCAUACAUGAUCUCCAUGCCAAAUCUUAUGAUUUACUCUUGAAACCCGAAACCCGUGGCUAUCCUGUUUAUUAUUUCCAAAGUUUAUUCUCUGCUUUGUCCAAUUAAUUUGUCUUUUUUCCAAUGAACCUUUGUAAUUUAACAUUUUUCUGCAUAUUUCUAUCCAACGUUCUCAUCUUUCUUCUCCGAAAUUA